CGUUCUGCCGCAAGAGUGAAAGUAGCCUCAUGCAUCUCUGCACAUUUUCAAAAUUUGCUAUUUCUUGUGCACAUGUCUGCAAUGAUGGAGCUCAGUUUUCUAUCCUUUGAAGUUGUAUGAAAUAGAAGAUGUCUUUUAAAUAUUGUAAACCAUGAAAAUCAUUGAAAACUGAAAAAUUUUAUUUUUUAUUUUUUUCAGUAAAACAAAUAAAGACAAAGUGGAAUUCCUGUCGGGAUCAAUUCCGACGGGAAUUUAAUGCCAGCAAAGGGCAUAGUGGCGACGGGAAGCCCAAGAAGAAGCCCUAUAUGUAUACCAAGGACUUACAGUUCCUCCUGCCUGUAAUGGACCUGCGACCGACAGUGGACAAUCUUCAGGCCGAUGAAGAUUCCUCGUCCACAAACCUGGAUGAGCCUGGUACCCCUGCAGCAUCUUUUCUACUCCAUGCUGGACCUUCAGAGGCUGAGGAAAGGCCAGAGGAGGAAAGCCAGCAGGAGAUUUCUCCGCCUCAGCCAUCCAGGCGCCAAAGUUCUCGAAGGAGGGGAGGAUCUUCGAGUCAACAAACAGCGCAGAUGGCUCGGAGGGAUUUUAUUGAUUCACAGGUCUUUGAGUACCUAAAUAAAAAUAAAGCGGAGACCCCAGAGGAAAAAAUUCUCCGAAGCCUGGCUCCUGCCUUAUCUAGAGUGCCUCCUGAACGGCAUUCUUUGGUGCUAUCUUCAGUAGCAUCAAUAUUGUAUCUAUUCGAGGGGGAUAGUAUUCCCCUCGAUGUGAUUCAAUUUAUAGAUAAGGAGAAAUUGAGGCAAGCCCAUAUCCGGGCACAAAUUAGGCCACCAAUGCCAUCUUCUGAAAGUGUGGCACAUAUUGCAGGUCCAGGACCCACACAUCCUGGCAGUUCUUCAACCCCUCAAAUUGUUUUCAGGGGAACAGGUCCAUACACAAGGGAGCUGUUUGAUUUAUAA